AUGGCCAAAUCCACUAUCGAGAAGGCGUGGUGGAAGGAGGCUGUUGUCUAUCAAAUAUACCCCUCAAGUUACCUCGACAGCAAUCGAGAUGGCCUUGGUGACAUUCCCGGAAUCAUCUCCAAGAUUCCGUACAUCAAGUCACUCGGAGUCGACACGAUCUGGCUAUCACCCAUCUACGCCUCGCCUCAGAAGGAUAUGGGCUACGACGUGAGCGACUACCGUUCCAUCCAUGCGCCGUAUGGCACAGUCGAGGAUGUUCAAAACCUCAUCGACCAGCUUCAUGCUCAAAAUAUGCGUUUGCUCAUGGACCUCGUCGUCAACCACACGAGCGACGAGCAUGCGUGGUUCAAAGAGUCUCGUUCGUCAAAGACAAGUUCCAAACGAGAUUGGUAUUUCUGGCGAGAUCCAAAACUCGACAAAGAUGGCAACCGUAAAGAACCAAACAACUGGAAGUCGAUCUUCGGUGGAAGUGCAUGGCAUUUCGAUGACACAACUGGCCAAUACUACCUGGCUCUCUUCCUGCCAAGCCAGCCGGAUCUGAACUGGGAUAAUGAGGACAUGAGAGAGGCGACGUACGACGACAUGCGAUUUUGGUUGGACCGUGGCGUUGAUGGAUUCCGCAUUGAUAGCAUGAAUCUGUCCAGCAAACACCCCGACUUGCCUGACGGCAAGGUCGUCAACGAUGAGCCAUAUCAAUCAGGGGCAGAGUUCUUCGCAUCAGGUCCCAAGAUGCACGACCAUAUGCGCGAGAUGCGGGAAAAGGUCUUUGACAAGUACGACAUCAUGACAGUUGGCGAGCUUGGCUUCACGAAAGAUGAGCAAACUGUCAGCCAAUACGUUGCAAAGGACAGACAUGAACUCAACAUGCUGUUCACUGGCGAUAUUGUCGACAUGGACUUCGGACCGAAUGGCAAAUACGAAAGAAGCGACUUCCAUCCGAGCAAGAUUCGCGAGAUCACAAACCUCUGGCAGUCCUGUAUGCCAACGUUCCAAGGUUGGAAUACCGUCUACCUUGACAACCACGACAGUGGCAGGUCACUAAGCAGGUACGGAUCCGAUGCUCCAGAACAUCGCGCGACCGCCGCUAAGAUGCUGGCCACAUACCUACUGACGCUCAGCGGAACGCCAUUCAUGCUUGCUGGACAAGAGAUUGGAACCGCCAACCUUGGAAAGGACUACAGUGCAGAUGCGUACAUUGACGUGGAAGGGAAAAACUACUACAACGAAGUUCUGAAAGCUCGAGGCGGAGACGAGUCCAAGAUGGGCGAUGUGAUGCGAGAACUCCAACUGAAGGCUCGAGAUCAUGGACGUCUACCGAUGCAGUGGAGUGCCGCUCUGAACGCUGGAUUCACGUCACCUUCCGCCACGCCUUGGAUGACAAUCAACAAAGACCACAAGGAGUGGAAUGUAGAAAGUCAGAUCAACAAUCCUCAUAGUGUGCUCUCAUUCUGGAAGCAGUUGCUCGCACUCCGAAAGCAGUACACGGACCUCUUGGUGUAUGGUUCAUACACUUCCCUUCCUGAGUCAGAGACCGGCGACAUGGUGCUUGGCUACGAGCGAACGUCACACGAAGACGGUCGCAAGGCCGUAGUGCUACUCAGCUUCAGCGAGAAAGAGGAGGUGAUAUCCGUGGACAAAUAUCAGGACUUCGAGGUCUUGGUGUCGAAUGGGUGUUCUGAAGCAGUGGAUGGCAAGGUCACGAUUCGACCGUAUGGCUCAGUUGUCUUGCUCGGCUGA